AACGCGCUCUCGAAUUAUUAUAAAACUACAUUUGUUUGAUCUUUGGCGCUCUCCGUUACGAGUUCACUAGUGUAACUGCCGACAGAUGCACAAGUCGCGAUCAUACUUAAAAUGAUUUCAGUGCUAAUGCGAGUGCAGUUUUCAAUCUUAAUCUGCACAAUAAUUGUUGGCCAGAUUGGGACUUCAGUUGGAAAUGCAGAUGAAGGCACAGAUAACAAAGGUUCCCAUCUUACCACAGCAGCAAAGGCCAUCCGCAUUCCCAAACAGUACGAAAAUAAACUAGACUACUCAUGCAAAAGCGUUAUUCCUCCCCAAAUACUCAAUGGAAGGUUUAUUAGACUGCGACAUGGUAAGCAGUCAAAAAGCAAACCUUACCUUUUAGCUGAAUACCAAUGCAACCGCGGCUACAAACUGCAAAGUCGCAAUCUUCAGGGCGUUUUAUUCUGUAGAAGGAAAAAGUGGAUUGGCAAAAAACCGCAAUGUGAAUUAAAAACUCUCGGCAUUUCAGCUGAAGAUGUUGAUAGAUCUUUUCAAUCUGAUCAAGCGCAAGAAGAUGUUGAAGAGGAAUAUGAAGAUGGAGAUUAUGAAGAAGGAGAAGAAUACGAAGAUGAAGAAUACGACGAGGAGGAAAUUGAACCGAAGCCCAAAAAGCCUGAACUUAAGAAAGUUGAAACAGACAAUAAACCAACGGAUAAAGCGAAUGAAGAAAUCAAUAAGGUAAAAGUGGAGGAAGCAGUGCAAGAAAAUGGGAGCGACAAUCCCGAUACAGAAGUGAUAGAUAAAGAUGACGAGGAUAAGAGCGACUACCCGAAGGAGAAAGUUGAGGAAACAGUGGAUGAAAAUGAUAGCGACAAUCCCGACGCAGAAGUAACAGACGAAGAUUACAAAGAUAAAAACGAAAAUUCGAAAGCAAACAUUGUGGACACAGUAAAUGGGAAUGAAAGCGGGAAUCCGGAUGCAGAAAUAAUUGAAGAAAAUGCUGAAGAGGAAAGCGGCAAUCCUGAUAUAGAAGACACAGAAGAACAUGAGGACGAUGAAAGCGACACAUCUGAUAUGGAAGUAGCAGAGGACGAUGAUGAAGGAAAAAGCGACAUUUCCGAUGCAGAAAACAUAGAACAAAAUGGUGACGAUGAAUCCCAUGAAACCGUUUUGCCUGCACAUGCCAAGACCGAAAUCACUCACAUGGAGUCAAAUGCGGCGAAAUCUGUAGAAACUAAGGAGAAAGACCAAACUAAAGCCGAUGUUGCCCAUGAAAAGGAAACAGACGAGAUUGAAGAUAAAAGCAAAGAAACAAAACUGGAAAAAAAUACUGAGGACAGCGAUUCUGAUAAAGGUGAAGAAUAUGAAGAGUACUAUGAGGAAUACGACGAAGAAGACUACGACGACAAUGAAAAGUCAAAAAACGUUAAAAAGGUUGCAAAAGAAGAAAAGACACCGGCAAAUAGAAGAAUAUCCGAGGACGAUUCAAACACUCUAGAUUCGGUGCGGGCGGAAUCAACAACGGCAUUCAGCACUAAAUCUGAAGAAACCUUGAAAGAGCUCGUGACUGAAGAAAGCAACAAAGAAUCAACGACAAUUGCACCAGAACCAGUAGAGAAGAAGCCAGAGGAAGCUCUGGAUAAAGAUAAUGUUGUUUCGGAAACCUUGACGCCCAAUAAUCCUGAGUCAACUACAAGUGGAGUGGAUGAAGAAGAUGAAGAGGAAUACGAUGAAGCUGAAGAAGACGGCGACAAAAAAGAGGAAAGCGUUAAAAAUUGCGAUCCCGGAUUCGAACUAGUCGAAGCCCAUUGCAUAGAUGUAGAUGAAUGCGAAACUGGCAAAAAUACUUGCUCCCAUUCAUGCGAAAACACCAUAGGCAGUUACCAGUGUCAAUGUCCCGAAGGAUUUCAAUUGUCGGCCACCAACUCCACUCAAUGUGAAGACGUUGAUGAAUGCUUGCUUCUCAAGCCUUGUUCGCACAUUUGCCUCAAUUCCAUCGGCGGCUUCGAAUGCCAAUGUCCAGACGGACUGUUAGCAGAAAAUGCUACACAUUGCACCAACUUGUCAUGCUCCCAUACAAGCACCAAAGUGAAUGGAAAGUUCCAGUGCACUUGUCCUUUGGGAUUCGUUUUAGGAAACGAUGAGCGCACCUGCGAAGAUAUCGACGAAUGUCUCAUCGAAAAUACCUGCUCGCAUGAAUGCAAAAACACCAUUGGCUCCUUCACCUGCAGCUGCCCUGCUGGUUUCAUCCUGGCAAGGGAUGAAAAACAUUGCGAGGACGUAGAUGAGUGUAUGGAAAACAACUGCCCGCAAACCUGCGAGAACACUCCAGGCAGUUUCAGGUGUCUGUGUGAAGAAGGGUUUCAAUACGACAUCCCGUCGAACGAAUGUGUGGAUAUCAAUGAAUGCGACGAAAAACUGAACUUGAGUCAAUGCGAACAGCUUUGUAUAAACUACGACGGAGGAUACGAGUGUGCCUGCAAGUCCGGCUUCCUUGUUGGAGCGGACGAUUCCACUUGUAUGGAUAUAAACGAAUGUGCUAUCCAGAACGGGAAUUGUAGCCAGUUAUGUCAGAAUUUGCCGGGAUCAUUCAGCUGCGGAAAAUCCUUGCUCAGAAAGCAACGGCGGUUGUUCGCACUAUUGCAAGAGCGAAGCGCAAACCGUUCGCUGUUCUUGCCCUGCGAACCACAAUCUAGUUGGGGAUAAAAACUGUGUGCCAGUUAACCCUUGCUUGAUCGACAACGGCGGAUGUUCUCACAAUUGCACAGUGGCAUCAAACGGUAUACAAUGUCAAUGUCCUGCAGGAUACAAGUUGGACUCGAGCACCUGCAUUUUACUGGAUCCCUGCCAGGAAGAGAACGGUGGAUGUUCACACGAAUGCCAUCACAACGACGGCAAAGUGCAAUGUUUGUGCCCUCCCGGAUACAAACUGUUUGGAAAACUUUGCCUGGACGAAGAUCCUUGCCAGAAACGGAAUGGGGGCUGUUCGCAUUAUUGCAGCAACAUUGAAGGCAGGAGAGUGUGCAGCUGUCCAUCCGGAUUUCUGCUGCGUCCGAACCAGCGAGUGUGCAAAGACAUUAACGAAUGCAGAAGCAACAGAGGCAACUGCUCACAUGGAUGCAGGAACCUUCCUGGAUCAUACGAAUGCACCUGCCCCCAUGGGUUCCACCUGGAACCCAACAACCGCACCUGCAUCGAUGUGAAUGAGUGCGAAAUUGAUAACGGCGGUUGUGAAAUGUUUUGCCGAAAUUACAAGGGAACGUUCAGAUGCGACUGUCCAGAAGGACACGUGCUUGAAAGGGACGGAAAAACGUGCCGCAGAAGGGAAAUUCAACAGUGCCAGAGUUUGAAGCCGCCCCAGAAUGGAGGGAUGAGCUGUCCGGGUUAUCGACCAGAUUACGCCCUGCUGGUACCAUCUGGCACCAAAUGUAAUGUAUGGUGCAAUGAAGGGUUUAAGUUAAGAGGACGGCCUUUCCGCACCUGUAACGAGCUGGGCGAAUGGGACAAUGUGGAUACUCAGUGUGUGGUUGCAACGUGUCCAAAGCUGCCCAGUUUUCAGGGCGGAUGGUUCCUGCCAGGUGUUUGUAACACUGGUUCGAUCUAUCCGGGUGAUUCGUGCUCUAUUCACUGCCGAUUGGGAUAUCGAAAGUUGCAACCAAUUCACUCUGUGACUUGUGAGGAUGAUUUGCGAUGGUCACUCGAUAUGACCCAGGAUGUUUUGGAGCGGAUUUGUGUUAAAGAUUAUGUUGAGGAAAUUCGCCAGCCCUCUAUAAUCUGUCCCAACGAUGGACGUUUGAGUUUGGUUCUUCCUCCCGGACACAGCAGCAUGGCUGUGCGGUUCCCACAACCAAAAACAAGCGUAGAUUUUCAGAAAUAUGUAAUUUCACAACCAUCCUGGGGAAAGCGACUUGGAACCGUUCUAUCCGUCGGUUCCGUUAGAGUCAAAUUUACUGCAGUGCAAGCCAACCGAACGAGUUCCUGCACUCUAUCGAUUACAGUGGAGGAUAGAGAAGCGCCCCAGGUGUCCAACUGUCCGAGGGACAUAGAGAAAGUGCUGGAAAGAGGGCGGCGCAGCCAGAUAGUUUUUUGGUCGGAGCCUAAUUUCCUGGACAAUGUCCAGGUUGCUCACGUUUACAAGUCCAGAGAACCUGGAAGUGAAUUUGUCGUUGGCCGGCACCCGAUUAGCUACAUAGCGACGGACAGCUCCGACAAUAAGGCUUAUUGUCGCUUUACGAUCGAUGUAAAAGAAUCUAAGGCUUUGGAAAUGGCCAAUUCCAUUAGAGCUCAAAGCUACAAUGCUUAUGCUGAUAGGCGAGCUGAUACUUCCGAGUACUAUUUCAAAGCAGUUCUCGUUUGUCCCAGUGGAGCGCAAUAUGAGGAUUUAUCUCGGGUGAUUCCCGAAUCGGGUUGUAUAUGGAAACACCUGCGGGCACAAAGACCGCAAAGCUUCCAGACUCCCAUACAAUCCAAUCAUCUUUAUCCCUCUUACUCGAAGAAAGUUUACCCUCCAUCGUAUGUCCCGCACUCAUUACACCCCAACGCUAUUGGAAGUUCAUUUGCAAUAAGAUCCGGAAGCCGUCUUCCUAGCUACAUAAGAAACCGAAAACGGAAGGAGUUCUUCAGGUGGAAUAGGAGAUAAUUUAGAAAAAUCAGCCAAUAUUAACGUUUGUGCAUGUAAUUUGAAUAUCUAAUAAAAGUUUCUAAUUCCGUG